AAAAUUUCCGGAAGAAAGAAGCGGAGGCAUAGAGUUUCUCAAUGAAGCCGCGUUGCACGGGAACAAAACCCGCAUUACCACCGUCCCCUUGGCGGAAGCAACACCAAAGAUGCAGUUCCCUAGCGCCACGUCAUCUAUUCCUUUACAAUCUACGAAAAACCCACCCUUAUUUCUAUGUUCUAAAAUCCAACUUUCAAUUCAUUUCCUCUUCUGAUAUUUUUUGUUCUCAAAAAAUCAGGGAUCAACCUAAAUCCUCUCAAUCGUCAUUCCUUUUGUUCGAAAUUUGUUGAGAAAAAAAAAAGCGAAUUUCAAAAUGAAUAUCUUCAGAUUUGCAGGUGACAUGACUCAUUUAAUUAGCAUCUUAGUGCUUCUCCUCAAAAUCUACGCUACCAAAUCUUGCUCAGGUAUUUCGUUGAAGACUCAGGAGCUAUAUGCGCUGGUGUUUUUGACUCGUUACUUGGAUCUGUUCACGGAUUUUAUAUCUGUGUACAACACCAUCAUGAAGCUCGUCUUUAUUGCCAGCUCUCUCGCCAUUGUUUGGUGUAUGAGAAUGCACCGAGUCGUGAGGCGUUCCUAUGACAAGGACCUCGACACGUUUCGUUAUCAUUUUCUCAUAUUGGCAAGCUUUGUCUUGGCUCUUUUGGUCCAUGAGAAGUUCACAUUUCAGGAGAUCUUCUGGGCAUUUUCAAUCUACUUGGAGGCUCUUGCUAUUCUUCCCCAGUUAGUUUUGCUACAACGAAGUGGAAAUGUGGAUAAUUUAACUGGGCAAUAUGUCUUCUUUUUAGGGGCUUAUCGAGCUUUCUACAUUCUUAACUGGAUCUAUCGCUAUUUUACAGAGCAGCAUUUUAGUCGAUGGAUAGCUUGUGUCUCGGGCAUUGUCCAAACAGCUCUGUAUGCAGAUUUCUUCUACUAUUAUUUCAUCAGUUGGAAAAACAAUGCUAAACUGCAGCUGCCAGCUUGAGGCAGACUCGAGAGAAGGGGUUAUUUUUUUUCUGACAAAUUUGAACUUAUGGAGCAAAGGCACUGUUGUAAGCCAUUGGUUGCACUUGUUUUGAUUAAAAGUCGGCGUAUGUUGAUACUUGGAUGGAAAGAAGAGCAUACAUGAUAUAUAUAGUUGUCACCUAGAUUAGAUUAGUAAGCGAUGGUUAUAGCAGUUUGAUCAGCUUUCCUAUACCAUUAUUUUUUACUUGUAAAGAUGCUAUUGUGAUUUGUGAUUCGGGAGAGGGUAAAAAUAUGAAUGGAGCCGAGAUAAUAGUUGAGAGGUGAAGUGUGAAAUUACGAGUUCUUUUUUGUAGAUCCUUCGUUAAAUGCAUGCUACAAAUGAAAGGAUGGAUGUAUGGAAACUUCAAUUGAGACAAGCUGAUUAUUGAACUCCUUCACCC